AUGGAUUAUAUAAAGAAACAAAUAUGGGGACCAGACCCUAAAGAACAAAUGAGAAAGAUUAAUCAAUUAUUAAGAAAAAAUAAAAGAGAACUAGAUAGAUCAAUAAAUCAAUUACAACCACUAAAGAAAAAAACUGAAGGAUUAAUUAGAAAAUCAGCAAAAGAUAAAGAUUAUAAGUCAGCAAAAUUAUAUGCAAAAGAAUUAAUAAAUAUAAAUAAACAAAAUAAUAAAUUAUAUACAUCAAGAACUAGAAUAGAUUCAAUAACAAUGUCAAUAAAUGAACAAUAUUCAAUGAAUAAAUUAACAAAGUCAAUUCAUUCAUCAACUUCAAUUAUGAAAGAUGUAAAUCAAUUAAUACAUAUUGGUGCAGUUUCUCAAACUAUGCAAGAAUUAUCAAAAGAAUUAACUAAAGCUGGUAUAAUAAAUGAAAUGAUGGAUGAUAUGGUCGAUUUAGAAAUUGAAGAUGAUGAAUUAGAAUUAGAAUCUGCUGAACAAGUUGAUAAAAUUAUACAAAGUUUAACUGAAGAAAAAUUAAAUAAAAUUGAAAAUGAAAUACCAAUUACAAAAGAAAGAUUGGAAGAAGAAAAACCAGAACAACAACCACAAGAAAAAAUUGAAGAAGAUGAAGAUGAAGAAGAUGAUAUUGCUAUUGAUGAAAUUAAACAGAGAUUAAGAGCACUUCAAUCUUGA